UCAGGCGUUAGCAAGGGUACACGAAGUCCACGCCAGAUGUGUGCACUUGUGUUAUGAGGAUCAUGGUUGAAGGUAGAUGAUGAAUGAGGUUGGAACUCGAGUAGGAUAGGCAUUUGUAUCUUAGUGCAAGAAAAGCUAGCUGUUAUUCUAUUCUGGUGAAUGCAAGCGUGCUUUUGUGUGUGGUCAGACCAGUGUGAAUGGUGGCAUUUGAUUUGAGAAAGUGUUUUUGCAAAUGGGAGAAAUUGCAAUGACGAGUUAAUAGCGUAUGAGUCAAUUUUAGAGAUAAUGUGGAAAGCGGUAGUAAUUGUGCAGCUACUGCUGCUGUUGCUGUCUUGAGAUGAUGGAUUAAAGCGUUUAUAACUAGUACUCUGUAAUCAUGCAAUGCAAUGAAACGGCCUCUUUCCUUUCCUUUCCUUUCCUGCCCUGCAAUGCAAACUUAGAGAGAGAUCAAUAUGAAUGAACGAAUGUCCCUUCAAACUUGAUAAAUCACAAUAAUUUGGGUUUGCAUCUAAUUCUAAUCUACAACUAUUAGAAGGGAUUUAAUAAAAAUGAAAUUUUGAUUAUGUAAUCGGAGGUCGGCCCAUUUGGUUGUGAAUUAGGCCCCCGCAAGUAUUUAUAUUUUAUUCAAGGAAGAAAAAUACAUUAGCAACAGAAGACGGAAGACACUGCGUGCCGACCGCAGCGGAUGGAGCCGUCGCCGUUGGAGGCAGUCUGUCUUAACAGCGAACCACUUUUUGGGGAAGGUGACCAAUAUGAAGAUGAAGGAGACUGUUCAAUGUUGGAACAUAGUGAUGAAGCUCAUGAAAUGCAAUUAAAAAAGGAAUUUUUGCUGCCUACUGUGGGAUUGGAGUUCGAGUCUUUUGAUGAAGCUUAUGACUUCUAUAAUGUCUAUGCCAAGGGACAAGGGUUUGGGAUCAGAGUGAGUAAUUCAUGGUUCCGAUCAAAAAGAAGGGAGAGGUACAGAGCAAAACUCAGCUGCAGCAGUGCUGGUUUCAAGAAAAAAAGUGAUGCAAACAAUCCAAGGCCUGAAACAAGAACAGGAUGUCCUGCAAUGGUAAUCAUCAAGCUCGUGGAAGCUAAAAGGUGGAGAAUAGUCGAGGUUGAGCUUGACCACAAUCAUCCAGUGAGCCCUGAAGUUAAACGUUUCUAUAAGUCACAUAAAAAGAUGUUUCUUGCUGCCAAGAAUGGACAGCAAUCUGAACCCGUGAAAGAAAUACACACAAUUAGGUUAUACCGGACAGCUGUUGUGGAUGCUAUAUGUAAUGGGCACUCUAAGACAGAUGGGAGAGUUGAUAGAAAUCCCACUAAUCACUCAAAGCAUCUAGAGCUCAAAGAGGGGGAUGCACCUGCAGUAUAUAAUUUCUUUUGUCGUAUGAAGCUGACAAAUCCAAACUUUUUUUAUCUGAUGGAUCUUGACGCUGAAGGGCAUUUGAACAAUGUGUUCUUUGCUGAUGCUAGGUCUAGGAUUGCUUAUAAUUACUUCUCAGACACUGUCACAAUCGAUACAACAAGCUUGACAAACAAGUAUGAGAUUCCUUUAAUUUCAUUUGUGGGAAUAAACCACCAUGGACAAUCUGUCUUAUUAGGAUGUGGCUUCCUUGGACACGAGUCUGUGGAGUAUUUUGUUUGGAUGUUUAGAGCCUGGCUUACAUGUAUGCAGGGGCCACAUCCGCAAGUUAUUGUCACCGAUCAGUCCAAACCCUUGGAUAUAGCAGUUUCUGAGGUUUUUCCACAGGCCCGUCAUUGUUAUUGUUUGUCCUAUAUCAUGCAUCGUGUUCCUGAGAAAUUGGGUGGAUUGACUGGGUUUGAAACAAUCAAGAGGCAACUUAAUAAAGCAGUGUAUGAUUCAUUGAAGAUAUCUGAGUUCGAAAUUUUCUGGGCUGAGAUGAUUAAUCAACACAGCCUCACGGACAAUAAAUGGCUUCAGUUAUUGUAUGCAGACAGACAAAGAUGGGUGCCAGUAUACUUAAAAGAUAUUUCUUUUGUAGGGAUACUCCCGAUCAAUGAUUGUGAGUGCUCCAGUGCAUUUUUUGACGGUUAUGUACACAAACAUACAUCUUUCAAAGAAUUCCUCGACAAGUAUGAUCUGGCUUUACAAAGAAAGCAUUUGAAAGAAGCCAUGGAAGAUUUUGAGUCCAGGAAUUCAAGUUUUGAGUUGAAAACAAAAUCAAAUUUCGAGUUGCAGCUGUCGAAGGUGUAUACCAAGGGAAUGUUUAAGAAAUGUCAAAUUGAAGUUGAGGGGAUGCAUUCUUGUUUCAACACAAAGCAAGUGAAUUCUGAUGGCUCAGUUAUGACGUUUGUUGUCAAAGAACAAAAACAGGUUGAAGGAAAUGAUAAGGAGGUCAAACAUUAUGAGGUUCUGUAUGAGGCAACUCAAAUUGAAGUACGCUGCAUUUGUAGUUUGUUCAAUUUCAAAGGUUUUUUGUGCAGGCAUGCAUUAAGUGUUCUUAAUUAUAAGGGAGUAGAAGAAAUACCAUUGCAGUACAUUCUGUCUCGUUGGAGUAUAGAUUAUAAGCGUAACUUUCUGUUAGAUGCUGGAUUUAGUGAUGCUGAUGUGGAUAGUCCUUUGCAAUGGUAUAAUCAUCUGUUUAGACGUUCUCUUCAACUUCUUGAAGAGGGGGCACAGUCUCAAGAACAUUACGAAGCUGUAACGCGAGAACUGGAUACUUUAUUGACUAAAUUUAGUCUACUGGAUAACAGAUUUAUGUGACUAACCUAACAAAGUCAUGUAUAGUUUGGUGUCUAUAUGUUCUUUUAGUAUCAUUUGUCUGUUUUACUGUAAUGUAGGCAUUAGUUUAAAUGCUUCGGAGCUGGCAUAUUAUUUCGUGAUUGACAAAUGAAAGUGAACUGAUCUGACUUCA